AAAUUUCAAAAAAAUAGGUAAAAGGAAGUGAAAGUUAGCGAUUUAUUUUCAUAAUUUAAAAAUGGUUUAGGUUUAACAAAUGUGAUAUAUUUAAUUAGUUCUGAAUUACUUUUGUUACUUUAAUAAUACAGUUCUGUUUAAAUUCCUGUGAAAAACUUUUACUAAUUUUCAAAAGUUCCUUGCAAGUUACUUGACCGGAAAUGGAGUUGGAAGACAUGUUGAUUUGUCAUGAAUGAGGCGAUUUUUUACCAAAUCGUCAAAAAGUGUUUUGAUAAUUUUGUUUGGACCUAAUUUCUACAAAAAUUAACAGUAAAACGAGUUCCAACGUGUUGUGAUACAUGAUAGUAAAAUAAUGUGUGAUAUAUGUUUAUGUUGAUAAGUCUGAAAGAGGGAAUUAAUUUUUUAAGGACCAUUGCUCAUUUUUGAUGCCCCGGUCCCGGGACGAUAUGCAAGUAAACGUGGCGGGCCUAAGGAGAAAUAUUAAAAACCUCGCGCACAACUACUCAGAUGCCCAAGUGAAGGUGCGCGAGGCGACGUCGAACGACCCAUGGGGCCCCUCCAGUACGCUGAUGGCGGAGAUCGCCGACCUCACGUACAACGUGAUGGCGUUCACGGAGAUCAUGCAGAUGAUCUGGAAGCGGCUCAACGACCACGGCAAGAACUGGCGGCACGUGUACAAGGCGCUGGUGCUCAUGGAGUACCUCAUCAAGACGGGCAGCGAGAAGGUGGCCAUGCAGUGCAAGGAGAACAUCUUCGCGAUACACACGCUCAAGGACUUCCAGUACAUGGAGGAGGGCAAGGAUCAAGGUUUAAAUGUUCGAGAGAAAGCAAAACAGUUGGUGAACCUGUUGAAAGAUGAGGAGCGGCUCAAGAACGAGCGGGCGCGCGCGCUCAAGGCCAAGCAGCGGUUCGCGCAGAGUGCCAGCGCGUUCGGCAGCGACGGCGCGCUCGACACGCCGUCCAGCCCCACCUACCCCGCGCUGAACAGCGAGCCGGCGGAGUGGACGGGCGGGCGCGAGACGGAGCUGGCGCGGCCGCUGACGGCGGGCGAGGAGGAGCUGCAGCUGCAGCUGGCGCUCGCCAUGUCGCGCGAGGAGGCGGAGCGCGAGGAGCGGCGCCGGCGCUCCGACGACGUGCGCCUGCAGCUCGCCAUCAGCCAGUCGCAGAACGACUUCCAAACAGACGACUUGCGCCCGGCUCUAUCUAUCAGUCAAUCGCAGUACGGACUACAGGCGACCCCGGUGGACAAGAAAUCCGAUCAGCAGUCACAUCUACUGGACCUGCUGGACGUGAACCUGGGACCGCCCGCGCACGCGCCGCCCGCGCAGCUCGCGCCGCUCGACCCCUGGGGGCUGCCCUCGCCGCCGCCGCCAGCUAGGAAACAGGAAACAUCACCAGACGGCUGGUCAUCAGUGGCGAGUCCCGCGAAGGACCCGUGGGCGCCCGCGGCGGUGCCCGUCGCGCCGCUGGCCGCCCACGCCGCCGCCCACAGCACGCCCGCCGACCCGUGGGCACCUUUGGCGCAUGGCAAGUCGGCCGUGUCGCCGGUGUCGCCGGCGUCGCUGCUGUCGUCGCCGUCGUCGGAGCUGGAGCAGUUCGACGCGCUGUCGCAGCGCCGGCCGCUGGACCAGCCCGACUCGCUGGCGCCGGACCCCUUCGACCUGUCGCUGCUCGACGGCAGCCUGGCCCCUACCAACUCGUCGCCGGCGGGCGGCGCCAUGAAGAAGUCCCCGUCGGCGUUCCUGGGCGAGAACUCGUCGCUGGUGAACCUGGAGCGCCUGCUGCAGCCCGCGGGCGCCGAGCCCAACGCGCCCAACCCCUUCGCCAACGACCAGCGCCAGCUGUUCGCGCCGCCGCCGCCGGCAAAAUUAUCAAUCAACGAAAUUAAACAACAGCAGAUGGGUCUGAACCCCGGACUGGCGUAUCCCGCGUCGACGACAGCGUUCGCGCCGCUCGGCUCCAUGGCGUCCAGCGCGCCGCCCAUGGGCAUGGCGCCCACGAUGCCCAUGCAGAUGGCGCCCGCGAUGGGCAUGGGCGCCGCGGCGGCGGACCCGUGGGCGCCCGCGCGAGCCACCUCGCCGUGGUCCCCGCCCGCGACGAGACACACACCCAACCCCUUCCUUUCCUAGCCACAGAUGGUGGGUAGUGCGGCGCGCCCGCACCGCCUCGCCCGCACCGACGUAGCGGGCCCGUGCUCGCUGUGACGUCACGCGCUAGCACUACUACUACACUACACGCUCCGUGUAAAUACUACAACACAAUACUGCGAUGCGACGUAACUUUGCUUUGCGUUUUGCGCGGAUUGUUGGUCUAGACUAUGUUUCGUACAUUGACAGUUUAAAUCGUAAAAUAUGAGUACAUAGUUCUUGAAGUCGCUAUUAAGGUCACAGCUCGUUAGAGCCGUCCCGCAACUUUGUUACAGUGCCGGUGAUGCUACGGAAUUGAUUUUGAAUGUAAUUAUUCAAAUACUGUAUUAGGAGUGGGUACGUCAAUAGACCAACGGAGAGGGGCUCGGGCCAUUUACCGUUGAGCUAUUGAGGCUCAUUAAUUAAUAAUUAAAUGAAUAUACAACUAAAUUAUAAAUGAACACAAUUUAUAUUUAUUUAAUGCAAAUAAUUGAAAAUGAACACAAUGAAUUUAACUGCAUAAGUCAAUGCCAUUGCAAUCAGUUUUCGAUAAGUUUUUUUGUUAAUUAUUAUUUUUCUACACCAGACGAAGCGGUGUUGGUGUGCCGGAAGGCUCUGAUGUGCUUGUACCUUUACAGUGUUUGGUUUGCAUUGACUUUCGGCUAUCGAAAUACUAACGUCAUUUAAAUUCGCACUGCUUCGAAGUCGUACAUUGUGUAUGAUUGAUUAAACCUAUUUUUAAAAAGUGGUUAUAGGUAUUUCUAAACUUUGUUACCUCAAAUGUCCGUCAUUUAAUUAAGAACCGUUUUAUCGAGAUCGCGUGUAGACGAAUUUGAGCACUGAUGCUGUUCAAAUAAGGUCCAUUUUACUAUGACGACUGACCUCAAGUGAAUUUGUUGGAAUAUAAUUGUUAUUGCAAUGUAACUAAAUCGGUUGGGCAUACUCUGACAAAUUGUAUUUAAUAAUAUAAUUAUUUUAUAAUGAAUAACAGUGUUUCGUUAGUGGAAACUUGACAUUUGCGAUACUAAAACAGUCCGGCGAUGACUUGUCAUCAAAAAGAAAUAGCCACGGGGCGAACUUAAGUGCAUUAAAUCAGCUGUAAGAGUUAUUCUCACAACUUUAUUAUAAUAAUAAUAUUAUGCGAUUGUUAUUCUUUAUAUUUAAUGAAAUUGAAUUAAAUUUUAAAAUUGGUAUAUGUUUAGUUGUGCACAGACCCAUAAACUGAAUGAAAAGGUAUAAAAAAUAUUCCUUUUUACUAUUGAAAACAUCGAUCUCCUAUUAUAAAGUAGAUUCACAAUCAGCGAUCACAAAACGUGCCAAACACAACUUCUUGGCACUCAAUUCAAUUAGUCGCAUUUGCAAAUUCAACCUUAAACUCCUUAAGGUUGAAUUUGGGAUUUUAUUGAAUAUUGGACUAUAUUUAAAGGUCUUUAGGUAUAAAUUAUAUUUUUACCAAUAAUUCUAAAACUGUCAAAGCAAAAUUGGUCAGUUUUUAAGUGAAAUUUUGUACAUGAUUGUGCGUCGUUUUAUUAUAAGAGGUCAAAGACUAAAAAGGAUAAAAUUAAAAAUGUAUAUCAGAAUUGACGUGCAGAGGUAAUCUGAUAUGAGUAAGCAAUGAGCAUUAAAUAUGUGAUAUAAACAAAUUUAUAGUUAUUUUAUUCCUCAGCAAUAAUAAUAACAUAUCAAGUGACCUGUAUGUUUGAAUGCUAAUUAUAAAAAUGACUAACCGUCUUAGUGAGCUAGUUUAUAGAUUUGAGUGCAACUGGAUAUCCACCAUUUUAAAUGUAUUUUGACAUGAAUUUCUUGAUUCUUAAAUCAAUAUUUAUUGUAUGUGAGGGUAGGUUCUGUCGUGUUUGGCCAUCAUUUGUAGGCUUUACAUGCGCACCACUUCAUACUCUUGUAAAGAGAAACAGAUAUAGUCGACAAGUAGCCGAACUCGAAAUAUCGCCCGUUCUUUCGUCCCAUCGCAACGAAAUAGAAUUUUCCUUUCAUUAUUUUAGUUACACCAGUAGACCUAGCAUGCGACCAACGACAUAUCUCGUGGAGAGCAAUAGACAAGGCGGAGUAGUUUCAAUCCCUUCUGUCCCAAUGGAAUGAAAGAGAUAGCGAUAUUACGAUGUGCCGCUAUUGGUUGACAUCUGUAUAUUCUUCGCGCGUUGGACUACUACUAACAAAAAUGAACGCGUUAAAAACGACAGAAGUUGCCUUUAAAUCUAUUCUCUUUAUCAAUAGUCGAGUGGUGUAUCGAUGUGCGUGAAUUAAUAAAUAAAACUAAUUAUUAUAAAAAAAACUAUAAUGCGGUGAUAGGUUUAAAUUUAAUGUAAGAUAUAGACAGAUAGAACUGUAACUCUUAUACAUAAUGUAAAUGAACGUUUUAUAUGCGCCAGUGAGGCGAGUGCGUCUCUAGUCAGGGUUCCGUAGAACAUUUUUUUACAACUGAUUACUAUCAUGUUUUGGUUAACUACCCUCGUUCCAACUUGUAUCAAUAACGCUAUGCUAUGCAUAGCGUUAUUGAUACAAGUUGGAACGCUAUGCUAUCAAUAGAGCUUAUUAAAAGUUGUUACUAACCGGUUUUUUUUACUUAAUUAAUACUUAUACAACUUAACAGGCACAUUGUCCUACAAACUGCGUGGUACAUUAUAUCGUUUCGACGCUCACAAAUUUUUAUUUCCUGGUAACUCAGUUAGCUACCAGAACCAAGAAUUUUCGUGAAUAAAAAAGUCGAUUGUCUCACCGAGAUGAAGCUACGCAAAAUGAACUUGAUAGUAAUCAGACGUACAAAAUGUUCUACGGAACCCGGACUACUCGUCUUAUUGUACAUACAGGAGUAGCGGCGUGCGGGCGGAAAUAUGUGGAGUACCUCAUCAUCAUCAUCAUCAAAGUUUAAAGGGUCCACAGCAUGCCAAGUCUCUUUAGGAUAGUAUUUGGACCUUAAACCUGCCACAUUGCGAGUUGAUGGUUUGGUGGUGGUGAUUACCUACAAUGGGGAGGAUGAAUAGGUUUAAAUAAAUUGAUUUUUAUGAGACAUUCGGGUAAAUAUGGUCAAUAUUAACUAAUUAAUAUGUAAAAACAAAAUUUUAAAAUCUACAAAUAUUUUUAUCGUAAUUAGAUUAAAAUUCACACAUUUUUAGCUUCCUUAUAACGUGACAUUUUUCAAAUAUCAUGUUAUAAGGAAGCUAUAUAUGAACUAUAAACAUAAACGUAAAAAUAACAAAGAUAUUUGUAGAUUUAUUUGAACGCCCGUACACAUCUAAUGAUCAGCGAAUCAAUGACGUUACUUCACUAUUUCUGGACGCACGCGUUAGAAUAUCUUAGUCAGACAACACUAGCAACAUAGAUAUGCGUCACAUCGACAUGGGGGUACAUCCCUACCAUGUAUUUUAAUAUAACUCGAUAACACCAAUCGCCUAAAUAUAAUGUUCGUUGUAAGCCGUAGACUACAUGCGUUAGGGAUGUGCCGCAAGGAUCGAAUUUACGUGAAAUUGGCUGUAUAGUGGAAUUAAAUAGGUUAUACUUGAAGACUUUCACGGUGCAACUGUUAUUUAUUUUGAGAACUUGUUUACUUUUCGAAAAUUACCAAAAAUAGACGGUUUACAGGAAAGUAAAAAAUUUAAAUGUUUUUUUUGUUUAUAUUUUCGAAAGUGUCAACUAAUUAUUAUUUAUCACGAUGAUUCAUAAUAAUGUUCUUGCCGAAUAAAGAAAGGACAAUAAUUGUUAAUUUUAAAAAUUGCUUUUAAAUUAAACUAAUUUUAGUUUAAUUUGCAAGUAAUUUUGUAGCAAUAAAUAAAAUUAAUAAUUUUGUGUCUUUUGAAACUUCUCUGAUCAUAAAACCAAAAAGGUAGUAAACAAAAGCACGUAAGCUUUAAAAUGGGGUACUACAAAUGCAUAUGAAUAUUUUUUUAGGGCAUUGCUCCAUACAAAUUUCGGCCAUGGCCUUUAUAGUUGAGACUUAAGGUGGGUACAGAUUGGUGCAAUGCAACAUGUAAUGCAACAUGCCAUGCAAGAAUUUGACGUCCACAUUGCUGCAAUGUAUCACGAAUGCUCGUGGUUUGGACGCCUCGCGCGCACGAACUGCGCCUGGGUCGCGCACGCUCCGAGCGUUACAACUCGUGCGCGGUUCGAUCCGAGGUUUGUCGGUUUUUGGUACGAACACAAAGGGGCGCGCAGUGUGCGCAGGACUGAGCCGACUGAUUCGUAGUCAAUGCGCGUACCGCGCGCGCCACACGUCCAAGGCAGCAGGGAACAUGCAAUGUAAGGCAGAAUAUUACAUUACAUGUUGCAUUGCACCAAUCUGUACCCACCUUUAGAGUUAGCAGAUAACAGUUGCACCGAGGCAGUCCGUCCGGUCCACAGUCUCGGGCAGCGCUGUGAGUGCAAAUCGUGCCUUAGGUGACUUUGUGUUACUGUGUGCGGGCGCAGCCGCUGGCGGGGCAGGCGAGACAACAACAAAUACAACAACUCUGUCAUCCUUAACAAAAAUAGCAUAAAUAACAACAACAUCAUCACUGCAAGACAUAGACCUUGUGUAAAAAUUUCCCAAAUACAAAGUACCAACCAUAUAAAUAUUUUCGAGCCGUGAUAGCCAUAUGACCUCUGCCUCCGAUUCGGUCCGGGGCGUGCACCUCCAACUUUACAGUUGUGUGCAUUUUGAGAAAAUAAAUAUCACGUGUCUCAAACGGUGAAGGAAAACAUCGUGAGGAAACCUGCAUACCAGAGAAUUUUCUUAAUUGUCUGCGUGUGUGAAGUCUGCCAAUCCGCAUUGGGCCAGCGUGGUGAACUAUCGGCCUAACCCCUGGGAGGAAGCUUGAGUUUAGCAGUGAACCGAAUAUGGGUUGAUGAUAAUGAUGAUAAAUAUUUAAUUUCGUGUUUAUUGAAUAUAUAAUAAACAAUAUACUAUCGAUUCAGCACUUAUAUAUGAUGAAAUGAGGGCAAAGUUGUUACAUCUCGCAGUCCCCGCUACACGCUGCCAGCCCCGCAGGUGAAUGUUUCUGUGUAUUAUAUGAUAAGUCGUACACAACAAGUAGUACCGCCCUGCGCCCUGCGCCCUGCGCCCUGCGCCCUGCGCCCUGCGCCCUGCGCCCUGGGCGCCAGCACUCGUUUAUUGACCGAAUUAGAGGUGACAGAUGACAAUCCGCGUCUAAUACAACUUUUCACAAAUUCUCAGCUCAGUUUAAGGGCUUAGACUGAAAGAUACAGGUCCUCUACUUUCCAGUGAAAGUCUCAUUGGAAUCGGUCCAGAGGUUGACCCAAACAAACAAACAAAGAUUGUUUAUGUCUUCAUGAUGGACGUCCACUGCACGACAUAGACCUUUUGUAGGGAUUUCCAAACAUCACGAUACUGAGGCACCUGCAUCCAGCGAAUCCCUGCGACUCGCUUGAUGUCGUCAGUCCACCUGGUGGGGGGUCGGCUAACACUGCUUUCUGGUGCAGGGUCGCCAUCGGCUGUUCGAACUAUGUGCCCCGCCCAUUGCCACUUCAGCUUCGCGACUCGUUGAGCGAUGUCGGUGACUUUGGUUCGUCUGCGGAUCUUCUCGUUUCUGAUUCGAUCACGCAGAGAUACUCAGAGCAAAGCUCGUUCCAUCGUUUAUGACUUAGUCUAUUUUAAAUAACUAUAUUAUACCUUGAGUGAGGUUUUUAAAAUCACAGACUGACACUUCCAUUUUAUUUAAAUGUAUUGAUUAUAUUCUUAUUGGCAAUCUAUUUCAAUCAAUAUCUAAUAUCUAUAAGUAUAUGAAGGUCACAAACAUGUAUAAUAAUGUAGUAUCUCGUUACCUUCAAUUCAGUCAAUACAAGAGUAUGUUGUGAGCAGAUGGAAUAGUUUUACUAUUUGUUUUGUUUUGGCACGUUUUAUUUAUAUAUGGCGUGUGGUAAUAGACUUCUUUUGUUAUGAAUAAAUACUACUAAAAAUAAAUGAAUGAAAGUAGAACUGAACAUAAAACGCAUGAUUAAUUCUAACAAUCAUAUCUCAUUGAAGUUUUAUAUAUUCACUUUUGUGGUAAAUAGAUUAUGCGAACGAUAUAGCAUCAUUGGUAUGUUGAGCGAUGCGAGACAAAAUCAAAACGGUUUAAUAAUAACCAUUUUUACCAAUAAACAUGAAAGUGUUAGCUAUUUUAGCAUUUAUUAUCUUUUUUAUUAUAAAACGCCUUCCAACAGUUCCUUCUUAAUGUUCAAUUUCAAAAAAUCUUUAUUGUUGUUUACACACAAACAAGGCAAUAAUUAGUACAUUAACAUGCACAUGCAUGUAAAGUAUUUAAACUAAACACAUUUGAUCUGCUCACAACAAGCGAACGGUCCAUUGUAGAAACGAACUUGCCUUGACUCAACGGUCGACACCAAUAUAAAAGCAAUAUAAACCUUAAUUCGUUCAUGAUAAGUGUGAUUGUUGAGUGUCAGAGUAGAUAGUUUGAUAGUCAAUGCCCCAGUAUUUGUAUAAUUCAUGCGUACACUCCGAGAGGUUGUGGAAGAUUUUCAACAGGUGCUUGAUACAAUUAUUGGUUGAAUUUACGGUUAUAGCAUUUAAUUCACUACCGGAAUUUAAGGUUCUACGAUUUGUAGAUUUUGUUUUUUAUUAUUUUUUGAUUAUAUCCAAGCUUCCUGUAACAGAGUUAUAAAUGUGUACUCUAUUACAACUGUGUGUAUAAAAGGUAAGUUGUAAAAUUACUCUAGCGAUUAUACUAAUAUUUGUAUUAGUAAUAAAACAAACCCUGAACCAAAGCCUAUGAAAUGAAAGUAAGCUCUGUAAUCUGUAUAAAAAAACACAACGUUGUUUUUAACUUUUUAUAUUGCAAAAAAUCACAUUAUGGAUAUAUUAUCAAGCACUUGUUUAAAAUUUCCCACCACCUCUAGGCUCAUGAUUUUCAAAAUCCAUUUCUAGUUUAUUCGUAAAAUCAUCGUAGCUAAUAAUUAUAAGUAUAUUUUUCAUCUAUUAUAUUAUAUUUGAUGCACGAUUUCCUUUUCGGCAAACUCAUGUUACAUGAAAAUAUUUCAAAAAGCAAUUAUUAGGUAUCUAUGUAUAACUUUUUUAGAAUUUUUUAUCGAUUGCAUGAUCGUAAAUUAUGUGUAUAUGCAAAUUUGUGAUACGGCAGGCGACCUCUUGAUGUAUACAAUCCGCAAACGCACCAACUUGCGGCAGAACUACAACUCUUAUGCCUAUUUCGGACUGCUUUAGUAUUUAAGUCGAGUGCGAACGAUUUUUGGGCGGUAGCAAGUAGUUUAGUACGCUACUCGACGAAAAUGCUAAAGUAGUCCGAACUUCGGUGAGAAAAUGUCUACUUACUCGUACCAAUUGUUGCCAGAGUUAAUCGCUACAUGCUGAAGUUGGCGCGUCUGUAGACGAUUUAAUCAUGCUAGACGACAGAUACGCGCUUUUAAUAAGUUUGUGAGUGUGUGUUGCGUACAAAAUAUUCCAUUUUAUAUGUGUAGAUGGUACAUUGAUAAUAAUUUAAUUAUCCUCAUUUAUUAGUUAAGUUAUGGCAACACUAACAAUUGUAGGCAAGCUGUUGUUAUUAAAUUAAAAUAUUAAUUUAUUGGUUUACAAUGUGUUCUUUUUAUAGAAUAGCUAUUUUAUAAUAAAACACUUUUAUGACGCGUCUUCAGUCAGAUCAGUUAUUUAUUAUGUAUUCAAAUUGGUAUUAUGGCAGCUUCAAAAGUGUUAGUGUUGCCAUAUACUGAAAUAAGUUCAGUCAGUGGGUUGCCAGAGUAAAAGUUACGUUUACAAUGUACGUGUGCUAUUCAUUAAAUCAUUAUUAUAUUAUUAAAUUGUAAACUGGCGAACACAUCUGACUAUUUACGUUUUUUGUUUAUUUUAUUUUCAGUCGAUUCGAUGCUUAUUCAAUUUGUUAAUCAAUUAUUUGUAGAUAAAUUAUUUUUAAUAUAUAAAAUUUUUUGACCAAUAAAAUGCGUCGAUGCUAAUCCAAUUGUCACUUAGCUAGGGAGAAACUGUAAAGAUUAAUGUAACUAUUUAAUUAAAAUGUAUAAGUUUUUCAAAAA